AUGGCCUUCUCGGCGCCGACCGCCUACCUGACCCACCAGCAGAAGGUGUUGCGGCUUUACAAGCGGGCGCUGCGCCAUCUCGAGUCCUGGACCGUCCACAGGGAUAAGUACCGCUACUUCGCCUGCUUGAUGAGAGCCCGGUUUGAGGAACACACGAAUGAAAAGGACAUGGUGAAGGCUACGUGGCUCCUGCGGGAGGCAGAGGAGGAAUUCUGGUACCGUCAGCACCCGCAGCCGUACAUCUUCCCGGACUCUCCGGGGGGCACCUCCUAUGAGAGAUACGAGUGUUACAAGGUCCCUGAAUGGUGCUUAGAUAACUGGCAUCCUUCGGAGAAGGCAAUGUACCCGGAUUACUUUGCUAAGAGAGAGGCGUGGAAGAAACUGCGGCAGGAGAGCUGGGAGCGGGAGAUUAAGCAGCUACAGGAGGAGACUCCGCCUGGUGGUCCUCUAACAGAAGCGCUGCCCCCUGCUCGAAGGGCAGGUGACUUGCCCCCACUGUGGUGGACUUUUGUCACCAGACCCCGGGAGCGACCCACGUAG